CCCCGAAGGUUCAUCCCCGAAGGUUCAUCCCCGAAGGUUCAUCCCCGAAGGUUCAUCCCCGAAGGUUCAUCCCCGAAGGUUCAUCCCCGAAGGUUCAUCCCCGAAGGUUCAUCCCCGAAGGUUCAUCCCCGAAGGGGUUCCCCUUCGGGGAUGAAGAACAAAGGGGGACAACCUUUGGUUACCCCUUUGGGUUCCCCU